UGCAUGCAUAUCACUUGCAGGAGUCACACAGCUCACAAGAAGUGUCUGAGCUCAGAGAGGAAGGAUCGCUCAUUGGAAUACUACUCAACACAGGAAAAAGCAUUUUUAUUUCCUGAUUAUUUUACAGUUGAUUGAUUUUUUUUUGACACAGUGGUAUGCUACUUUGGAAUAUUACUUCAUCCAUUUUUAUGGAUAAGGUAAGUGAAACCCAAAGACAACUGAGACGACGACAACAACAACAACGACAAAGAAUCCCCACUGAAGAAACCUGAGUUCUUUGGAAACAUCAUUCCAGAAAUUCCCUCGACCAAAACAAGUGUGAGUAUUGGAGAAAAAACAACAUGGUUGGACUCAAGCCCACAGAUCGAGCUCCGACAGCCACUGUGAAGUUCUUCGGUGCUGGAACAGCAGCCUGCAUCGCUGACUUAGUGACCUUUCCCCUGGACACAGCCAAAGUCAGGCUCCAGAUCCAGGGUGAGUCCAAGCCUGCUGAAGGAGCAGCUGGCGUGAAAUAUCGGGGUGUGUUUGGUACUAUCACCACUAUAGUACGCAUGGAGGGGCCACGGAGUCUCUACAACGGGCUGGUGGCUGGACUGCAGCGACAGAUGAGCUUCGCUUCGGUCCGCAUCGGCCUUUAUGACUCGAUGAAGCAGUUCUACACUCGAGGGUCUGAGAAUGCAGGCAUUGUGAGUCGGUUGCUAGCCGGCUGCACGACCGGGGCCAUGGCCGUGGCAUUUGCGCAGCCCACAGAUGUAGUAAAAGUACGCUUCCAGGCCCAAAUCCGUGUUGCCGAUGGAGCAAAGCGUUACAAUGGCACAAUGGAUGCCUACAAGACCAUCGCUCGUGAUGAAGGCAUCAAAGGGCUGUGGAAAGGUUGCAUACCAAACAUCACAAGAAAUGCUAUUGUGAACUGUGCUGAGCUGGUAACCUAUGACAUCAUCAAAGAGCUUAUACUCAAGUACAAUCUCAUGACAGAUAACUUGCCCUGCCACUUCACGGCUGCGUUUGGAGCCGGGUUCUGCACCACCAUCGUAGCCUCUCCGGUGGAUGUGGUAAAGACCCGCUUCAUGAACUCCACUGUAGGCCAGUACAACAGUGCCAUCAACUGUGCCCUCACCAUGCUGACCAAGGAAGGACCGGCUGCCUUUUACAAAGGGUUCAUGCCCUCGUUCCUUCGCCUGGGAUCCUGGAACAUUGUGAUGUUUGUCUCGUAUGAGCAAAUCAAGAGAGCCAUGACAAGAGUGCAGCAAUCCUGGGAGGCACCAUUUUGAUCUGGUCUUUUCAGGACGGCAACACAAAGCUGGAUAUAACAGACAAUCUAAUUUCUACCAUGUCAUGUGAAUUAUCUGACUAUGACUUGGACAGUGUUUGCACCGAAAUCCUGUAUGGUGGUGGGAGAAGACCACAUUCAGUAUAGAACUAAGUUUUUUCAUGGAAAAAAAAAAAAAGGCAUUGCACUCUUCUCUAUACGAAAGUGGAGGAGAUGAUCCUGUGGAUGAGCUCAAGUAUAUCUAGGAACCAUCAACAUUUUCCAAGCAAGACGGCACAUUUUCCCUGUAGAGCUUGCAUCUGUUUUUGUCUCCUCCAUCGAACUUGCGUCUUGAUAGAAUUAAUGUCUUGUUUGAACCUGCAUUUUUAGGAAAAUGAAGUUGAAUGUCAUGUUUACAGAUUUGUUUACAGGUGCAACAAAUUUUGGGUCCAUAGAUAGUGGAUUGUAGAGGAUUAUGUAUUAUAAAUUUAUUUUUUAUUUAAUCUUUAUUCAGGAAGCUCAUGUCACAUAACAUGAUUUUCAAUGAGGUCCUGUCUAUAAAACAUCACAAUAAUUACAGAAAAAAAAAUUUACAAAUAACACAAAUACAAAAAAAAAAAAAAAAAAAAACUAUAUACAAAGCAAAUAUUACAAUUAUAAAAUUAAAUAAUUGUUAACUUUCUAUUUAAAAAUAUGCACAUUUUUAAUUGAACGUAGGUCCCUUGGCAAAUUGUUCCAGUCCUGGCCAAUACUUUGUAGUAGUGUUUGUUUUCCCCAAUUCCUUCUGGCCUUUGUUAAGCGAAUGUCAUCUCUUUUCCUGGUGUGGUAACUAAGGCCCUGUCCACAUGGCAACGGAUUCAGGUGAAUCCGAUACAAUUGUUUAUCGUUUAGGCCUGGCGUCCACACGGCACCGGCGUUUUGGGUGCCCAAAACGCAAUCUUUUGAGAACGGGUUCCAGAGUGGAAAGAUCUGGCAAUGUUGCCAUUGCGAAGUCGUCUGGAUGAGUAGAACGGAUUUGUUUACGAUGACGUCACAACCACAUGACUGUCAGUGCUUCACGCCGGGUAGAAGUGUAACGAACUCGAUGCGAGUUGUCAACAAAUCCUAUAACUUGGUUCAUGAAACGCGCUUAUAAAAUAUUUUCACUGUGAAUAUUUAUUGUGUAAUGGUGCAAAGUGAGAGAGAGAGAAAAAAAUAGCCCUUAGGGCAGAGUCAAUCCCGCCAGCAAAAAUAAGGAAAAAAAGGAGCGAUCUCACCUCUUCAGAUGUUGGUUUAAGUCCUACAAUACAUUCCUCAAAAAGGGCGUAGAACAACAAAUUAAUCCAUCAACGUGUAGCAUUCAAUUUAUUCCGGACCAUUAAAGACGCCGCCUUCCGCGUAGAAUCAUACGUCAUCCUCGCCGCCAUAUUGGAUAGGUCAAAGCGGAGAAUAAAGAUGCCUCAUUCAUGUGCUGCGUUUAACUGUACCAACAGGUUUACCGUCCAAACGAGAUCACAUGGGAUUACCUUUCACAGGUGAGACUGGAAAAAUACUUUUCAUUGUAUUUGGUCAUUAUAACGUAAUUUUACGAACAGAUUUUCCUGACUUUGUGGCUAAUAUGAAGUCUCGCGCAUAAUAGUUUAUGCGCAUGCGUCCUUACUUCUUCUAUUGUUCUGGUGUCUCCGAAGGGACCGUCUUACAGCACCCCUAGAGGUGUGGCAUGUGUAUUGCAUCGUUUUCAGCAAGCGUUGCGUUGCCAUAUGGACCUGAUAUUUUACUGAUCGUUGCCCAUUUGGACGCGAUAUUUUUUUAAAUAACAUCUCGUUGCCGUUGUCGUGUGGAUGUAGCCUAAACAGACAGAUUUGCUCCACAUAUAACAACUGUAAUGCUAUUUUUAUACAAUAUGCAUUCCUGUUAAUUAAUAAAACUGAUACUGUAAAAGUAUUCAUUCAAAUCAAUCAGUUUGUUUAAUUCGAGCGUUAAUAUCGAAGUUUAUGUACUCCAAUGUACUCCAUACAUUCUACUGAAAACAUAACCAAGCAAGAGGAAGAAGAAGUGCAUCAAGAAAUGUUUGUAACGGAGUAUUUGGUGAAUUUAGAAAUGGGAAAAGGAAAUGGAACAGUCGUCAUAUCACGUUCUUGCAAAUGAAAUAUAAAAGGGUUAAUGUGGAAAAUUAAAUUAAUUUCAACAAAUAUUUAUUGGAAUGCAUUUGCGUAAAAAAAUAAUAAUGAGAAGUAAGUUGUUGAAGUUAUUUGUGUUCUGUGUUGUGUAGAUUUUGCCUUUAUCUAUGGACAACAGGCAAUUUGGUCAUCAGCUGAAAGAAAUGUAAAGUUACAGCAAUGCUCAGUUUUAUUAGUUUCUACAGACAGUCUGUUCUUACGGUACUUCAGCUGCAGUGAAAGUUAUCUGGGGACAAGACAAGAGAGUUUAUUCCCAGAUACAGAGCUGAUGUAAUGCAGUAUGCAGCCUCUUGACUCAUAUUGUAAGCAAGUGUGCAUCAUGCACAUCUCAUUUUAACAUGAAUAUUAAACAUUACUUUUCGCAAGCACACCAA